GCAGGGCAGAGAUACAGGAAUUGGGUUCUUUUCAAGCGGAUUUCUUCACGAAAAUUAAUCAACUUCGUGUACACCAGUUGUACAGUGCAAAGCCAUGACCGACCGCCAGCGUGUAGAUGAAGAAAGGAGUUUGGAGGUUUUGAACAACAUUGAAAAUUUAAUCCUGGAAAUAGUGACUUGUCUGUCGAAGGAUGAGGCACCAGCCCUGGUGCUACCAAACAGAUCCAGUUGGGAUAAUAUCAGUUUUGACAGUGCCAUUGGGCUUCAGAUGAGUUCAACAAGUGCUGUCAUGACGAUCAGAAGUGACUGCCCAAAAACUGCCACUACACUUUCCCAGAUUCUCAAGAUUCUCUCUGUCACUUACACACUCGUGCAGAGCAACUCAUAUGCCACAAAAAGAGACAUUUAUUACAACCAUCCACAGCUGUUUGGCUCACAGAAAAUAGUCGAUAAAAUAGUGGAUGAUGUGUCAUGCAUGCUAAAGGUUCCUCGAAGAGUUCUACGUGUGUUGACAACAUCCAAAGGUGUAAUCUCAGGUGAUCUUUGUUAUAUGGAGGAGGACGGUACGAGGAUUGACUGCCACUCAAGCUCUGCUGCUGUUGCAGUCUCAGCAAACAUUGCAGGCAUCCAAAAUAUUAUAUCAUCUGCCAAGUUCAUCCUUAUAGUUGAGAAGGAUGCUACAUUUCAGAGACUUCUUCAAGAUGACUUCUGCACAAAGCUUUUUCCCUGUAUCAUGAUCACAGGUAAAGGCUUUCCAGAUGUGAACAGCAGGUUGAUGGUGAGAAAGCUCUGGGACGUGUUGCAUGUCCCUGUCUUCACUCUGGUGGAUGCUGACCCGCAUGGCAUUGAGAUCAUGUGUAUCUACAAGUAUGGAUCAGUGGCCAUGUCGUUUGAGGCCCAAAGCCUGACCAUCCCCAGUGCAAUGUGGUUAGGCCUCCUCCCCUCGGACCUAGAGAGGUUGCAGGUUCCCCGGAGUGCUCUGCUCCCCCUCACCAAGACUGAUGAAAACAAACUGGACAGCCUCCUCAAACGGCCCUAUGUAACGGACCAACCAGAAUGGCUUAAAGAGAUGGCGUUGAUGCAGAAGAAUAGACUCAAAGCUGAAAUUCAGUCACUGGCAGCCAUAGGUCCAGAUUUUCUCACCAGCAUCUACCUGCCCAACAAGCUGCGCUUUGGGGGCUGGCUAUGAGCACAAUGCUGCCAUCCAGCGGGACAAAAGACUAAUGACAAAACGGGUUGGAAUUGACCUUAUAUGUAAACGACCAGUUUGACCGUUAUCGACACAAUAAAUAGUUGUUUUUUUUCGCGUGCAUUGAAAAAUUACUUGAAAAAAAGAGAAAUAAUUAUUUUGGCUGCCCAAGCCAUUGGGCAUGAAAAUAAAAAAUAUAUUGUAAGGAUAAAAUAAUAGACUAAUUGUUCUCUUACCCAAACAAUUGAAUGAAGGAAUGGAAUCAUUAUGGAGGACAACUCUCAGGUAAGUAAGGUAGCAGGUGAAGACAACUGAAAGAAUUAAGAGUUUAUCUUUUAGGAAAGACGUUCAGGAUAUGAACACAGGUGGGUCAACUGAAGAAAUGUGGGAUGAUAUGUAUGACCUUUAAUCUUAUUAAUUGUUACAUAUACUGAGGUUUGUAAAAGCUACAUCCAGAUUUUUUAAAAGAGAUGUUGAAAAUGCAUGAAUCCCUCUUCUUUGAUAUUUAAAAAUUAUAUCUUUUUUAUAAAAUUAUAUCUUUUUCCUUUCGGCUUGUCCCAUUAGGAGCACCACAGAGCGUCAUAUUUUCCAUGUAAGCCUAUCUUCUGCAUCCUCUAACACCAUCGACUCUCAUGUCUUCCCUCAGUACAUCUAUCAACCUUAUCUUUGGUCUUCCUCUACCUCACUUGCCUGGCAGCUCCACCCUCAUCACCCUUCUAUCAAUAUGAACAUGGUCCAUUCGGACUCGAUGUCCUCCGCCUCCCCCGGAACAUGAGCAAAGUUUUGUCGGAGGUGGGAGUUGAAACUCCUUCUGACAGGGGAUUCCGCCAGACGUUCCCAGCAGACCUUCACAAUACGUUUGGGCCUGCCACGUCGGACCGGCAUCUUCCCCCACCAUCGGAGCCAACUCACCACCAGGUGGUUAUCAGUUGACAGCUCCGCCUCUCUCUUCACCCGAGUGUCCAAGACAUGCGGCCGCAAGUCCGAUGACACGACCACAAAGUCGAUCAUCGAACUGCGACCUCGGGUGUCCUGGUGCCAAGUGCACCUGUGGACACCCUUAUGUUUGAACAUGGUGUUCGUUAUGGACAAGCCGUGAUGAGGAAAGAAUCCCAAUAACAGAACAACGCUCGGGUUCUGAUCGGGGAAGGAGGGGCGGUGUCACUCUCAUUGCCCACGUGAGCAUUUAAGUCCCCCAGCAGAACGAUGGAGUCCCCAGCGGGAGCGCUCUCCAGCACCCCCUCCAAGGACUCCAAAAAGGGUGGGUACUCUGAACUGCUGUUUGGUGCAUAGGCAGAAACAACAGUCAGGACCUGUCCCCCCACCCGUAGGCGGAGGGAGGCUACCCUCUCGUCCAUUGGGGUGAACCCCAACGUACAGGCACCGAGCCGGGGGGCAAUAAGUAAACCCACACCUGCUCGGCGCCUCUCACCGUGGGCAACUCCAGAGUGGAAGAGAUUCCAACCCCUCUCGAGAGGAUUGGUACAAACGAGCUUUGACCUGCUUUUUUUUCCCAGCAAUGGGGCCUUGCGUGGUGAGCGUGCAUAGAGGGCAUGGCGGCAGAGUGCAUUACUCACUGUUUUCCUUGUGACGACAGUACCUGCAAAUUCCAGGUCUUUUUGAAGCACUCCACAGGUGGUCCUUGGUUCUUGGACAACUUUUCUGAUUAUCCUUUGUACUCCUCUGUCAGAAAUCUUGCGAGGAGCACCUGAUUGAGGCAAAUUUAUGGUUGGAUGAUUGGCUUUCCGCUUACGUACUAUGGCCCCAAUCGUGCUCACUGGAACGUUCAGAAGCUUAGAUAUGCACCUGUAAUCAAUGCCAUCGUGAUGUUUUCCAACAAUGAGUUUGUGAUGGUCUUCAGAUGGCUCUCUGCUCUUACUCAUCCUGAGAUGUGUCUUGACUCACACCUUGGCAAUUAUACCUUUUUGUUGGCCAUAAAUUAGGACUGAACCAUCUGAUGUUCAUUUGCACUGACAAGGGUCUGGAUUGCUGUUUGAUUAUUGAUAGAUUUUAGGUGUAUAGCACCGUUGAAAGUAUAUUUAGUAAAAAAAUGGUGACUUGUUAAAUACUUAUUUCAGCCGCUGCAUUUAUACACAUGCACACAUGCAUACUGCAUAUUAAAUCUGCCGAUCUAAUCGGCUUGAUUGGUAUCGGUCGAUAAUUAGCAUUUUAUGCUGAUCGGUUUUAAUGUCAUAAUUCUUCGCUCGAUCGGCUCCGCAAAAGACGCGUCGCAGUCAUUCAUUCAUUCAUAUUCCGUUCUGCUUAUCCUCACUCGGGUCGUGGGUGUCCUGGAGCCUAUCCCAGCAAUCUUCC